CCUUAAUAGUUUGAAAAAAAUGUCAUCGUUUUUCGCAUCAGAGGACACUGAGAUCAGCAUGUCUGUGUUUUGUCCUGGUAAAGAAAAGACAAAAUUAGAGCUCAGUUUUUACAGCAUGAUGAAGAUAGUUAGUGUGUACAUAGUGUAAAAGCAACCGGCUCAUAUUAUUUCUGUCCUUGUUGGUUGUUAUUACAUAUAGUUUCCAGUAUCCUACUAGUAGCAGACCUUCUUGUCCAUCCCAACAGCAAAAUGAGCUAUUUUUCCAUGGGCACGGGUACCCAUAGGGUGCCGUUCUCAAUGCACAGACGGUUACGCGAGAAGCUCGCUGCGAGAUUGCGAGAGAAGCUGAAGAUUGAGCCGACAAGUGGGAAGAGAAACACCCUCCUCUUAAUGAAGGGUGGUGGCGAACUUUCGUUGUACGACUCAGACACGACCUGGGAUUUCAGACAGGAAGCGAACUUCCAGUACCUGUUCGGCUGUAAGGAGCCUGGAUUGUUGUUAUGACUUCUGGGUGGUAGUUUGUUGAUGCAUGAAUAUUCGAGAGGUAGCUUGCUUUUCGCAGAAGGUUCUACUUGCGAUCAAUUUCUUCUCCUGCGCCGGACGUUGUCGUAGACAGAGGCACGACCACCACCACCCUUUCUCCCUCUAACGACCGGCGGCUUAGACAUCGGCUCAGGACAAGGCUACUUGUUUGUACCGAAGUUAGACGAGGUUUAUGCAACCUGGCUCGGACCAAUCAGGGGCGUCUCCUGGUUCGCGAAGUACUAUGAAAUCGGAGAACAAAACGUCUUUUACCUAGGCUCUGACGAGUUGAAGAGUUUCCUGGGUUCCUUCGAGGAAUUCGUGACGCCUCUAGGUGUAAAUCUGGAUAGCGGGUUGCCUUCAGCCUCAGCGGUUGGAGCAAUGGGAACAAGUGGAAGUGGAGGGAGUGGCGAGACGUCGUCAUCGGAGUUAUGAGGGUUGUAAAAAAGAAUUUGUCUUUGUGUGUAAAAAAGUAGAAGAUGAUGUCUAGUACUGCAAGAAGAAUAUGUUCUAAUCCAAGCAGGAGCGCUAGCAUCUUUAUCAGACUUGCAGCUAGGGGAUGAGGCUGCUAAAGUCUUGCAGAAGAUGGGUGCGCCUGAACGGAACGCUGAAGUUUGGCAUAGCAUAAACGAGUGCCGAUCUGUGAAGGACGAUGAGGAGGUGAAGGUGAUCGAGUUUGCAUGCCGAGUCAGUUCCUUGGCGCACUUGGAAGUGAUGAAGAAGGUAUUCGUUGUCGUAAUAUGAGCCGACGUACUCGAAAACUGAAAAUAUAAAUACCUGCAUGCCGAUAUUUUCUGUUUUUCCUCGGGAGAGCAUAAACGAGAAGUACAGUUCUACAACUGGUUUUUUCAUGUAGUUGAUCUCGUUCAACUUCAAAGUGUCAUCCUGAAUCGGAAUGUAUAAUGACCUACUAGGUCGUGUCCGCCGCCUCGUCUUCAUCCUCCGCUUACGAGUAUCAUUCGGAAGCUGAAUUCCGUUACCAAUCCUUUUUACGGGGUUGUGCUAGAGUCGGCUACUCCUGUAUUUGUCCUAGUGGCGAACGAGCUGCCGUUUUGCAUUAUGGGCAUUCCGCGGAACCAAAUUUAUGGUUACAUGUUCUAGGUGUAGGUUUUUGGUUUGCAAGACCAAGAUGUACAUGUAGCAGAAAAAGUGUUUCAGUUUCUCGUCUGGUAGUUGUGGUCCUGACUACAACGUAGCAAAAGAAGUGUUUCAGAAGUUAUUCUCGUCUGGUACUAGUUGUGGUCCUGACUACAACGUAGCAAAAGAAGUGUUUCAGUUUCUCGUCUGGUACUAGUUGUGGUCCUGACUACAACUUAGCUGAAAUAUGCUGAGCCUGAGCUAGUGCAGGCAAUCAGCAAGAACAGAUAUUAACAAUAUCUAUCAUCAUCGGCAUCGAUCAAGAACAUCAUCCCCGAAUAAAAGAAAAACCUCUUUUCUAAACAAGAUGGAAGCUGUUAUAAGCGGGCAAAUGAAGCUCCACGACAUGGGUGCUGAGUAUCAUUGCUAUUCGGCAGAUGUUACCUGUUCCUUUCCGGUGAGUGGGAAAUUUAGCGAGAAUCAAAAGACCCUUUACGAAGCAGUAUGGACAGCAGUGGAAACGGUGGAAAGAAAGUUGAAGGAAGGAGUUAGGUAUUCGAAAGCUCAAAAUAACCGAGUUACUAACUGAAAUAAGGGAGGCAGCCCUCUCAACAUCAAGGCUAUCCUUCCUUCUCAUCAGUAUCUCGGUUAUUCUGAUCAGUUACUUGCUUAUUUCAGUUUUUCGAAUACUUCGUUCUAUACUAGAAGACUUGUGAGUGAUGUCAGUGUCUCCUGUUUGAGUGUGAGUAUGAAGAUUCUCAUUUUACCUAAGUAAGUCUCGAUGAAUCGGAAGAUCCAAACUUUCUACGCGAACGAUCAGAUACGGCGACAUGCACCGCUUAGCCCAGCGGACGUUGCUUGAGCAACUUCGCGGCUUCAUUUUCAAAGCCGAUGCAGAUAUAGACGCGAUGCUCGCAGCGAAUUUAGUGGGGAAGUUCAUGCCACACGGACUAGGACACAUGUUAGGACUUGCCGUCCACGAUGUGGGUGGCUACGUUCCUGGUGAGUCACGAGCAACCUAUCCUGCAAUAAAGGAGAACUUGAGGUUGAAUUUAUGGAAAAAGUUGUGGAUUAUUAUUUGAUUGGCGUAGAGUACGUUGCGGGAGUAAGUAAGUUGUCCUCCUCCUCCGAUACACCACGAGCACUAAAUCGAUGCACAUGUUGGGCACACGCGAGAAGUCUAAAUUGUGAUGCACACGACUUACUUGGUAUUCUAUUACUUAGUACAACUCAUCAAGAACUUUUUUCAUCUUCUCUCCACUACAAGGUCCUACCUCCACAACCCUCCUACAGCACCUACCAUUACCAUCCAUUCUAAUCCUUCGCGUCUUGCAGAAGAACUUCGUUCUUACAGUGGAACCAGGCUUCUACUUUAUUCCGCAUUGCAUCAAAGCAGUCUUCGAGGAUCCCGAAUUGAGCAAAUUCAUGCUGAAGACACAAGCGGAGCUUCUAGAGCUGGCGCAAGAAGUUGGUGGAAUCCGUAUCGAGGAUGACGUAGUUAUCACUGCAGAGGGAUGCAGGUUAUGGAGGAUCAUAAGAGGGAUAGUAAAUUAGACUAAGUAGAUGGAGGAUCAUGAUAAGAGGGAUAGAAGUAAUUAGUAAAUUAGACUAUUAAGUAGAAGUGGAUGAAUGCCCGAGGACACAUGUAGUACAAACUUCACUCAGAAUGUAGUCGAGUCUUGACCUGUCUAGCUGCACGAACAUGAUCUUCAUACUGCGAUUGCGUGUCUAAAUUAGUAACUUCUGCGAUCAGGAUCAUUAUCUUAGAUCUAACACAAGUCCUGAACAAUGUUCCGCGAACAGUAGCAGAUAUCGAAGGCGUGAUGCAAGGGAAGUUCGAUUGGGACAUGGAAAUCAUGUGCCCAAGGGAGUAUAAAGCUGCCUGAUGGAGGAGUAUGUUGAAGAAGGUGGAUGAGGAUGUGGCCCAUCAGUCUUCUUGAAGGGGCAGCUAGCUGAGCUUCUACUGGCACGAACAGCCUAGAAUACUAGAGGAGAGACGAUUCCGUUUGUUCCCUUUUCCUUCUUUUCAACAACUAAUAUUCUUGAUGUUGUACGACCCAGAGGACUAAAAAGAGGUUGAAGAGAUGAUGAUACGCAUAAAAAAGGUGAAGAUAUGAUCUUUUGCUAGAGUGUUCUUCGUCUGCUCAUAGGUGGAACGGCUGCACACACAUCAGUGAAGUGAACGAAAAGAAGUCUCACUAACGGAACACGCGAAUAAGAACAAUCUUACUCUCACGGAUCAGACAUAAAAAUUAACAUAGUUGGGAACUACAUCUACAUCACAACAUUCCUGAGUGGUAAGUCGUUGUUGAGAGUCGUCGUAGAAGUGUUGACAAAAAGGUGCUAGACAACCAAUGCUUCUACGUCCCAAUCACCGUCGACAAGCCUGAUUGACGCGCAGUGAGAUGGUUCAUCAUUAACAUAAGUCUCAAUGUGAUAUAGCUGAACUCUAGUGGCAUGGCCAUGGGCUUGGGCAUCUAAACUUCAAUUGAAAAACCUCGGGUCGAGGUAAGUAACUGUAGUUGUGGGCAGAACAAGUACUAGCACACCUCCCGUAGCGCAAUACUGAUGGUACUUCCGCUUCUGCACGAGAAGUGAAUUUGAUUGUUGUUAUUUUUUGAAAUUUCAAUAAUGGAUAUGG